AUGUCUACGACCGACCCCAAAGACCACGACCAUGUAUCCUCCUUCCCCGAUCCCGCCCCUGAGUCCAGCCGAGACCUCGCCGCCUCCCUCGUGACCCGCUGUCACACUCUCAUCGCCGAACUAGACGCCUUCCAGUCCCUCCUCGCAGAGACGCAGCGCAACCCCCAAAUCGUGGAGAUCCGUUCGCUGCGCUCCAACGCUGUCUCGGAAUUGCGCACGCUCGAGAAGCUCGCCGACAAGAUCGAUGCGUCUGCCGCUGCCAAGGCCGAGGCCGACGACAAUGAUCUCCCGGACGACACACAACAGCGAUUGAUGCACGCGCUGCGGUCGUCCAAUCUCCCAUUCUACGAGGCGGUGUGGACGAUAGCCAAGCGCACGUGCACAGGGCUGGUGGCCUUCGGGAAGCGGUUCUACUGGGACGGCGUUGACGGCGGGUGGGAGGAGGGGGGCAAGAAGCGGCCCAACAAGGAUAAGCGGCGGAGUGUCUUUGUGGACAUUGUCGCGGAUGACGGGGAAGAGUGGGUCAAGGUGUCUACGAUCUCGGAGACGCGGUUGUUGUUUGAGAUGGCCAAGAAGGGGUGGGAGGGGGAGUCGGAGGCGGGCUCGGAGGAGGAGCGGGUAGUGUUGAGGAAUUACGACGAUGAUCGUAGUAUGGACUCUGAUGAGGAUGACGACGAUGAGGUGGAGCUGGUCAAGUUGGCCAUCGACAUGCGCAAAUCUGCCGACAAGACCAGGGUCAGAUAUAGACAUCCUCGGCUACGAUUUGUGAUCCCCAAGGUGGAGGAGGGCGAGAAUCCGGACAUUGAUGAUCUAUUGAAGGUAAUAAGAGGCUAUGGCAUCACGCUGGAAUGUGGCGGGGCUGCUGCUAGCUCAAAGCCCGCAGGUCAUACCCUGGAGGAGGACCUGCGUCGGCUUCUGCCCAAACCGUUCAAACGAUUCACCCCUACGUUAAAUGUGGACUGUACACUGCUCCUCGCGAUGGUCUCCGAUGUGUCCCAUAUUAAAAACAUAACGCCGACCCCGGGCUUGCACAAAGCCAUUGUGCGACAAAUGGAGGUCGAGCAAGAACGUCCGCUGCUGACCAAGGAACUCUGGCCAGCAAUGGUCGGCCAUGAGCUGGUGUGUACCGGAGAGGCGGCCAGGCGAAUGCGUGAAAUUGUCGAUACCAUUGGUACCGAGUCUGAAAAAGCACGGACGAAGAUUCUAAUGGGUGACCCCCCGUUUGACGAACUGGAAAGAGAGUCUGUCAUCCAGAAGUUCCAGGAACUCUCUAACUACCAAAUUCCGUCGCAGUGGAGGAUCCCGGUCAAGGUUGUCGAAUCUCAAGCGAUAAUUGAUUCCGCCAAAACCAGGGGAGUUUUUCCUCCAGUAUCAGAGCGGAUAACGGAUAUCCUGUCCGAUAUCAAUUAUAAGAUGGCGACGAAAAUCUGGAGGGUCCCCUGA